CAACCACCAACCCUCUCCCUGGACUGACAAAGCCACAUGCCAACUACUGCUGCCACCAGGACCAAGAGAAAGGCAAAAGGAGAUCCUAAAGGUGACAAGGUGAAGGUGAAGGAUGAGCCACAGAGUAGAUCGGCACAGUUGUCUGCUAACCCUGCUCCUCCAAAACCAGAACCCAGGCCUAAAAAGUCUGCUGUAAAGAAAGGAGAGAAGUUGCCCAAAGGGAGAAAGGGGAAAGCAGAUGGUGGCAAGGAUGGGAACAAUGCUGCAAAGAACCUAGAUGCUUCCACAGUCCAGUCACAGAAAGCAGAACACACUGGGAAUACCAAGUGA